AUGCGUGCCCAGGUGCGCGGCAUCUCAGGGCUGCCCGUGGCGAGCGGUGUCGCUGGCCCGAUGCCAGGCACCCCCAGAGCCGCUCUGUCCCUGGCCCCGCAGCCGCACAGGGACAGAAAAUGGAACCGAGGGUUCCUGCGUGGGGACAAGGACCGGGAGAGAUCCCGCAGCAAAUCCCACACGGGCAAAAACAGACCCGGCCUGGGCACACGGAGGGCACCUCAUGUCUACAUUCCGAGCAGCUCCUCCUUCGAGGAAGCCAAAGAGGAGGAAGUCAGCAGUGAGCUUCCCGCUGCUCCAGGGGACGAUGGUGAACUUCCCUCAGUGCCGGGAGAUGACAGUGAACUUCCCGCUGCUCUGGGAGACGAGGGCGAACACCCCGCAGUGUGGGAAUGCAACGGCGAGGCUCCCGCGGGGUGGGACAAGGACAGGGGACAUCUCCCGGCGUGGGACGAGGACGGUGGAUGUGCCCUGGUGUGGGACCAGAAUGGCCAAGCUCCCACGGAGUGGGAUGAGGACAACGGACAACUCGCAGUGUGGGAUGAGGAUGGAGGACAUCUCCCGGAGUGGGAUGAGGAUGGAGGACAUCUCCCGGAGUGGGAUGAGGAUGGAGGACAUCUCCCAGUGUGGAAUGAGGAUGGAGGACAUCUCCUGGAGUGGAACGAGGACAACAGACAACGUGCAGUGUGGGAUGAGGAUGAAGGACAUCUCCCGGAGUGGGAUGAGGAUGGAGGACAUCUCCCAUCUCCCAUCCUCCUCCCACAGGAUGGAGGACAUCCUGUGUCUUGGGAAGAGGAGAGUGAACAUCUCCCAGCAUGGGAAGUGGACAGCAAGGAUCCCCUGGCUUGGAAAGAUGAUGGAGAAGCUGCAGCAUUUUGGGAAGAGGAUGGAGAAGCUGCAGCAUUUUGGGAAGAGGAUGGAGAAGCUCCCUCUGCUUGGGAAGAGGACAAUGAAGCUCCCUCCGCUGUGGGAUCCUGGGCUGAACAUUCUGACAGCAGCACAGCCCUGCAGCCAGAGGGGAGAGGGGAGUGGUGCCUGAUGCAGCUGAGGAACACCGUGAGCGAGGCGGAGCCUGCUGAGAAAUACCAGGAAGUGGAGCAGAUUGGCCAAGGGGCUUUCGGAACCGUUUACAAAGGACUCGACAGGGCCACUGGAGGAGAGGUGGCCAUCAAGAAAAUGAGUCUCAGAGGGCAGAACAGGGAACGAGCUGUGAAUGAGAUCCUGCUCCUGAAGGACAAGAAGAACCCCAACAUUGUCAAAUUUCUGGACAGCUUCCUUGUUGAUGGAGAUCUCUGGCUGGUGAUGGAAUAUAUGGAUGGAGGAACUUUGCAGGACGUUGUCAGACAGACACGCAUGGCUGAAGGAGAGAUGGCAGCUGUCAGUCGGGAGUGUCUGCAGGGCCUGGAUUUCCUCCAUUCCAACCGGGUGAUCCACAGGGAUCUGAAGAGCUCCAACAUCCUCCUGGGCAUGGACGGCUCUGUCAGGCUGGCUGAUUUUGGCCUCUGCGCUCAGCUCAGCCCUGAGCAGGACCAGUGCAGCUCCAUGGUGGGCACUGCUCACUGGAUGGCCCCAGAAGUUGUGACCAGAUCUCCUUAUGGCCCCAAGGUGGACAUCUGGGCCUUUGGCAUUGUGACCAUCGAGAUGGUGGAAGGAGAACCUCCUUACUUCAGGGAAACGGGGGCCAUGGCUCGCGCUCUGAUCCGGCAGAACGGGACCCCGCAGCUGCAGCAGCCCCGGCGCCUGUCGGCUCUGCUGCGGGACUUCAUCGAGUGCAGCCUGGAGACGGACGAGGAGCGGCGCUGGGCUGCCCAGGAGCUGCUGCAGCACCCAUUUUUAUCAUCAGCCAAGCCUCUCUCCAGCCUGACACCUCUCAUCACUGCAGCAAAGCAACUGAGGGAGCAGCGGAGGACAUGAAGCACUUGAGGGCAGCUUCUUGUUACAGUAGUUAGGUCAACUAGUUAGUUAUGGUAGUUAGCACUGCUAGUUGUUUAUGGUAGUUAGCACUGUUAGUUGGUUAGGGUAGUUAGGACAGCCUGUUUGUUAUGGCAGUUUUUUGAAUAAAAACUCUCUUAACCCUCAACUGCCUUGCCGUGUCCCUUCCUCCUCCCGCUGUGCCUCAGCUGCCCGGAGCAAUGUGAGGGGAGAGCGGGCCCAGCCUGGCCCAGAGCUGAGCCCCAGCAGAGCCCUGGCAGAGCCCAGAGCAGCCUCGGCACCUGCAGAGUCAGCCUGGAAGGAGGCGCUUGGAGCCUUCUCGGCUGCACCCGGCUCUUGGUUACAAACUGGGUGUGCUGGAAAAUGCCACCGGCUCUGCACGAGGGCAGAAGGGGCCCGGGGAAGGCCCAAGUGCUCCAUGCAAGGGAAAAACCUGCCCUGGGUUUGUUAUAAAUAACUGGGUAGUGUUGGCUUUUGCUAUUAUGUAUUGACUUCUGCAAAGUAUUCUUAAUUACAACAAUUUUGAUGCAGUACAGUUUGUAAUCACUUUUAACUGCUUUUGCUGUAGUAUAAUUUGUCAGCUUUUUGUGGCCAAUGCCCUGGCCCCUGGGUAGCUCAUAUCCUCAGAACAUCAUUUAUGGAUGAUAUU